AUGCCCAGCCCAGCUAAAAAACGCAAGCGAAAUGGCGAAUUACCACCAAAAAUGCGCAGUAUUGAAUCAUUCUUUAAUGGACCCAAAAAUGAACUCAAGCAAGCACCUGAGCCUGAAGUAGAGCUUGGGAUACAGCCUAGGAUACAGCCUGUGGUCACGGAGCAAACGCUCUCGGAUGAGGCUCUGGCGCGCAAAAUUCAAGCAGAAUGGGACCAAGAAGAGGAUUCUCAACCUGUCAAUACCGAUAUUGGCCAAAUUCCAAAGGUGGAGCCUGAGAUUAAUACAGUUCCAUCAAUGCCAUCAAUACCUGCGGAUAUACCUUCAAUAGCAUUCGCUACCAUCAAGAAGAACACUCUUUCUCUCCAGUCUUCGUCCGGAAUAGAGGAUACAGUGUCUGCUACUAUUCCAUUUGAUCAGAAUCCACAGAUGUUUGACGCGAGCAAAUAUGCCGCCGAAUUACAAUCACAUUGGAUAGCCGAAGGAGGCGACGCUACAUAUGCAUUACUAACGAGAGCUUUCGUUCUUGCAAAUUCAACGACGAGCCGCAUCAAAAUAGUCGAUACACUGGUUAACUUUCUUCGAGUUCUGAUUGAAGGAGAUCCAGGGAGCCUCCUUCCGGCAGUCUGGCUAGCAACCAAUUCCAUCUCGCCACCGUACGAGGAACUUGAAUUAGGACUAGGCGGCUCUGCCAUCUCGAAAGCUUUGAAGAAGAUAUAUGGCCUGGAUAACCAGGGUCUCAAAACUCUCUACGAUAGACAUGGCGAUGCAGGAGAUGUUGCGUUCGAGGCUAAGAAGCGACAGACCUUUACGCUGGUGAAGCCGAAGCCGCUCAAGAUCAAGGGCGUUUUUCAGUCACUUCAGAAAAUAGCUACAAGCAAAGGAUCUGGCAGCCAAGAAAUCAAGCAGCAAACAGUGGAAAAACUACUGCAGGAUACUCGCGGCGCUGAGGAGAGCCGCUACAUUGUGCGAACUCUCGUUCAGAAUCUGCGGAUUGGCGCGGUCAAAACCACUAUGCUCAUCGCUCUAGCGCGCGCAUUCCUCUACUCUAAGCCAACCGGGGCGGAGUUCACAGUCCGACCCCAGAGCGAAUUCGCACGGCUAAAGAAAGAAGAACUUGCCGAAAUUUACAGCAACGCGGAAGAUAUUGUAAAGGCCUCUUAUGCUCGACAUCCAAACUACAACGAUCUAGUGCCAUGUCUUAUUGAAUUCGGAGUCUCAGAAGAGCUUCUCAUCAGAUGUGGCCUAGUGCUACAUAUCCCAUUAAGACCAAUGCUGGGAAGCAUCACGCGCGACCUCUCAGACAUGUUGACAAAGCUACAAGGGCGAGAGUUUAGCUGCGAAUAUAAAUACGACGGACAACGAGCCCAAGUGCAUUGUGACGACCAGGGCAAAGUAUCCAUUUUCUCUCGCCACCUCGAGCUCAUGACAGAGAAAUACCCCGAUCUCGUAUCCCUAGUUCCUCAAAUCCGAGGAGAAGGUGUGUCCAGCUUCAUUCUGGAAGGGGAGGUUGUUGCUGUUGACCGCAAGAAUGGUGAUUUGCAACCAUUCCAGACACUCACCAACCGAGCAAAGAAAAAUGUCGAGAUAGGAACCAUUGCGGUUAAUGUGUGUCUCUUCGCAUUUGACCUGAUGUAUCUCAACGGGGAGCCGUUGUUGGAUCGACCAUUCCGCGAGCGUCGCGAACUACUCCGCAGUCUCUUUGUGGAAAUCCCUCGCCAAUUCACCUGGGUCAAGAGCUUGGAUGCGGCAUCUACUGAUUCAGAGAAUAUAUUGGAUUUUUUCAAAAGUGCGACAGAUACGAAAUGCGAAGGAAUCAUGGUCAAAGUGCUGGACAACACGAUCAAAUUCAAUAAUCAAGACACAGCUACGACUUUGAAUCCUACCAUCAAAGAGACAAACAUCCAGUCUAUAAAAGCCGACGACCCCAAGUCCAAGCCCAAAGAAAAAGAAAAAGGCCGGCGUAAAGCCCUUAUAUCAACCUACGAACCAGACAAACGACUAGAAUCCUGGCUAAAAGUCAAAAAAGACUACAGCACCUCGUCAGAAACACUCGACCUAAUCCCAAUAGCCGGAUGGCACGGCAGCGGCCGAAAAUCGAAAUGGUGGUCCCCAAUCCUCUUAGCAGUGCGCAAUCCCGAAUCCGGCGCCCUUGAAGCCGUGACAAAAUGUAUAUCAGGCUUCACGGACAAAUUUUACGCAUCCAACAAGGAAAAGUAUGUGGCCGGUAGUCCAAAUGUCAUUUCUCGCCCUGGCUAUGUUGAGUACUAUGGGGAGCCGGAUGUGUGGUUUGAGCCGCAGGAGGUUUGGGAGGUGGCUUUUGCGGAUAUCACGCUAAGUCCUACAUAUACUGCUGCUAUUGGGUUAGUUAGUGAGGCUAGGGGAUUGAGUUUACGAUUCCCGAGAUUUGUGAAGGUUCGUGAGGACAAGUCUAUUGAUGAGGCUACUUCUUCGGAUUAUUUGGCGCUUUUGUGGAGGAAGCAGGCCGAGCGGGCAGGGGUUGAGAGUGGGAAGGAAGGGAUUGAGGAUGGUGUUUGA